GUCAAACCAAGUACCAAGCAUACCCUGUGACCCGAGAUCGAGACCGCGGCUAGCACUGCCCAAGCGACACCACCGCGUUGCCCACGCAGCCCACCUACUAGUGACAUGGGUCCUUAUGACCCAACUUGAACACAGAUACUCCAUCGCUUCCGAAUGAUCAACUUGGCAAAGUCACUUCGACGUCGUGUAUACAUAUACCCAUUGCCCACCAGUGAAUCUAGAUGCUGAUUUCAACUUGGAUAUUCACCGAGUUCACACACAGCAAUGAUGAUAAGGCUAUCAUAUGAUACUGAAAAUGCUGCUGUCAGCCUGUCGCACUUCCAUUCUCCCAUGAACCCUUCAAAGAAAAUUGGUCGCUUUCGAAUCCUGAUCGGAAGAGCGAGUGCAGGAAACACUACCGUGCUUUCAAGAGUUUGCAACACACAGGAGAACCCAACAAUAUACAGCGCUGGGAAAAAGCGCGGAGAAAUGGUGUUCAAAAGCAACCCGGGAUUCGUCUUCCACGAUUCACGUGGAGGCGGCGGAUCCGAAUUUGAGAAGGUCAAGGCAUUUAUCGAGGGCCGUUCAACUGGAGAAAGGAAAUUAAAAAAUCAACUCCAUGCUAUCUGGUACUGCAUCCCAAUGGACGAAGCAAGCAGGUCGUUCACCAAGUGCGACACUGGAAGCAUCCUCGGUUCCAUUAUUAGUAAAGACAUUCGACGCUCUCCAAAAUGUCAUGUAUGCCUUCCUAGUAGGUUGUUGAUCGUUGACUUAUGACUCUGAUACAUUAUGAUGCUGAUCCACUAGAUAUGGACAAGGAUGAUGCAGACUGCGAGCCACUCAUCGAACGCACGGCUGGAACUUUGGAUGACGAAGUAUUGAAGCAAUUAUUCGUCUCGACCCAGCAGACCAACUUGGAGCUCUG